CGUCUCAAUUUGCUUGAUUUAAUCUAACUUCUUUUUGCAUAAUACAAAAAAAUUCUAUCUUCGUUAAUUUUCAUUUAUGAGUGUCUUUAUUACAUUCUAUGAUUUUUUAUUUUUUAUUUUGUGUUUAAGUCGAAUUAUCUGGGGAAUUAAAAAUAGUUGAUUUUUUUCGUUGAUAAAUACUAUGUUCGUGUUACAGAGUUGAAUUGAUCGAAUGAAUAACCAGCUAUUUAGUCCUUUCAUUAAAUUUAUAGCCUUCUUAUGUUCUUCAGCUUUUGUUGUAUUGUUUGAUUCAUUGCUGUAGAGUACCUCUCUUAGUGUAAGUAAUAGAAAAAAAUUAUGUGAUAUGAUUAGGAGUGGUGAAUUUUGCACCGUAUAUUUUCCCAACAGAUUAUUUCCAAUUAAUGCCAAAUUGUUCUGUUUGAACUUUUAUUUGAAUUUAUUGCAUGUUGCAUGGCCACAGGAGGACAUAUAUACCAUAUUUGGCUUAGGGAGUAGGUGGGUGGGGUUUGGGGGGUUCCUUGGGUGCAUCACAUAGGGAGAGAGAAAGGAGAGGGUGGCAGGAGCGAGGGUUAACCUCCGAAAUGAAAUACUUGGUACUUCAUGGUUCCUGAAGUCAGCUUUUCGAGUUUGUUGUUGGAUCCUAUCCAAGAUUGUUUGAUCUGUUUCGCAUUUCAUUAUUUAUGAAGGUUUCAUCAAGAAGGAUUUUGAAAAUGUGCUAAUGUCAAGUCCUAGUCAUGGAAAUCUCGGAUGAAAUCCCUGCCAAGAAACAAAAGAGGUUGACUUCUGUAGUUUGGAAUCACUUUGAAAGAGUUAGAAAGGCAGAUACAUGCUAUGCUGUUUGUGUACAUUGCAAAAAGAAACUAAGUGGAUCUAGUAAUAGCGGUACAACCCAUCUAAGGAACCAUUUGAUACGGUGUCUGAAGAGAUCAAAUUAUGAUGUUUCUCAAAUACUUUCCACAAAGAAGAAGAGAAAAGAAAGUAAUCUUGGUCAAAGUACUCUUGCCCUUACAACUGUCAGCUAUGAUGAAGGGAAAAUAAAAGAUGAAAUCAUUAGCUCCAUACCCUUUAAGUUUGAUCAGGAGCACAAGAAAGAAGAAACCAAUCAAGCCAUCAAUUUAGGAAGUGCUAAAUUUGAUCAAAAGCGUAGUCAGUUGGAUCUUGCCCGAAUGAUUAUGUUGCAUGGUUAUCCCUUGGCCAUGGUGGAACAUUUUGGAUUCAAAAUAUUUGUGAAGAAUCUUCAGCCUUUGUUUGAAGUGAAUAAUAAUACUGCCACUGAACUUGACUGUAUGACCAUCUAUGGGAAGGAGAAACAGAAGGUAUAUGAGGCAAUACAUCUUUUGCAUGGUAAAAUCAACCUUUCAGUUGAUAUGUGGCGUUCACCUGAGAAUUCUGAGUAUAUAUGCCUGAUAGCCAACUAUAUUGAUAUGGACUGGAAGCUGCAGAAAAAGAUGCUUAACUUUGUCACAUUGGAUCCAUCUUAUAAUGAUGACGUACUUUCAACGGUUGUUAUUAAAAGUUUGACUGAUUGGGCUAUUGACUGUAAGUUGUUUUCUAUGACAUUUGAUGAUUGUUCUGCUUAUGAUGUUAUGGUUUUCAAGAUUAAGGAUUGGCUAUCUCAAAAUAGGCCUCUUUUGAAGAAUGGUGAGUUAUUUGAUAUCCGUUGUGUGACACAUCUUUUGAUAUCAAUAGUGCAAGAGGUCAUGGAGGCAUUUCACGACGUGACCCAUAAAAUUCGAGAAAGUAUAAGGCAUGUUAAAAGUUUGCAGGAAAUCCAAGGAAAAUUCAACGAAUAUGCUCUACAAGUUGGGAUCAAUAGUAAGAGGAAUUUAGCACUCGACUCUCUGAUGCAAUGGAAUUCGACAUAUAUGAUGCUUGAAGCAGCAUUAGAAUAUCAGGGUGCCUUUUCUCUUCUGCGGGAGAAUGAUGUUACCUACACAACGGCUUUAUCUGAUACAGAGUGGGAAUGGGCAAGUUCUGUUGCUGGUUACAUGAAACUUCUUGUUGAGUUCACCAAUGUUUUCGUUGGAAACAAAUAUUUGACGGCCAACGUAUUUUUUCCAGAGAUAUGCGAUAUGCAUAUUAAAUUAAUUGAAUGGUGUAAGAUUCCUGACGACUUUCUUAAUUCUAUAGCCUCGAAGAUAAAGAACAAGUUUGACAAGUAUUGGAGCAAGUGCAGUUUGACUUUGGCUAUAGCAGCAAUCUUGGAUCCUCGAUUCAAAAUGAAGUUGAUCGAGUAUUAUUAUCCACAGAUUUAUGGCAGUGAAUCCUCAGAUCGCAUCAAAGAAGUUUCUGAUGGUAUCAGGGAACUUUUCAAUGAGUAUGCUGUUGGCUUAGCUUCCCUUGAUCAAGAUUCAUCUCGGUCUGGGGGCAGCUUACCUGGUACUAGCGAUGUUACUAGAGAUAAACUUAAAGGCUUCGACAAGUUCCUAUACGAAACUUCACAGAAUCAUAGUAUGACUCCAGAUCUGGACAAGUAUUUGGACGAACCUGUCUUUCCACGUAAUUAUGAUUUCAACAUAUUAAAUUGGUGGAAAGUUCAUACACCCAGGUAUCCUAUCUUAUCUAUGUUGGCGCGUGACGUUCUCGGGAUUCCCGUGUCUACUCUUGGAUCUGAGGUAGCAUUCAGCGGCAGUGGCAGAAUGCUUGACCAUCAUAGGAGUUCACUCAGUCCUGAUGCUAAAGAAGCUUUGAUAUGUGGGCAAGAUUGGUUGAGAACCGAACUAGAAGCAACCAACCUUCCCACGAGCAAUGCUGCUCUACCACUUUCUGAAACAAGAUGAUAAUUACUUGAGGUAUGUUUAUUAAAUGUAUCUCUAUGAGUUUCAAGAAAUGUAGUUAAGAAUCUGAAUCUGUACUAAUCCGAUGAACCUUGAUUUCAUGCAAAGGUUGAAUGAUAAGCAGAUCAUGUAACAGUUUUGAUUCAAUGUUUCCAAGUAACCUUCAUUGUUGAUGUAUAUCUAUUAUAUGCAAAAUUCUGGAGUCUAUCA